GGAGAUGCAGGUGAGGGGCUUUUUGCAGCACCAUGGACAUGCUCUGCCUCUGGAGAUGCAUCCCUGCUCCUGCUGUCCCCACACCAGUGUGAUGCUUUUCCCGUUCAGAGAUAAAUUACCAUGAAAUCCUUGCCAUGCUCGGAGUUUUGCUGGCUCGGGGUCAGAUGCAAGGCUCCCUGUCAUGGGUGGCCAGAGCUCCAGAGGGGGACGGUGGCAGGGGACAGUGAUGGAUGGUCCAGCCAGGCACAGGUGGCUGGCACGAGGAGAUGCUCCAGGGAAGCACCGGCUCUGCUGCACCUCCCCAGGUCAAGGCUGUGGACACUCAUGUAUUUAUUUGGGAAUCAACAUAAUUUGCUUGAUUGGUGUUGAUUUCUGCUGGCAGCAAUUAACUCGUGCACAGCAAAUGCCCGAGCAUGCUGUGACUGCAUCCCCACUUGUUGGCUUUGGCUCUCCAUGGUCAUUGUCCCUUUCCCCAGCUGCCUGCAGGGAUGGAGUCCGGCUGCUGCCUGAGCAGGGCCCGGGUUUGUGCUGGGAAAAACAGCUCGGGAUGGAAAUCUGGAGGGGAGGGGGAGGAGCAGGAUUUUAUUUACCGGAAGGAAAGAGGAAAGAAAGCGUUGGGAGCUGGGAGUGCUGGCUGCCUCUCCAAGGGACGCUCCCACGGGAUGCGUGUAACUCAUGGAAUGAAGUUUUGGGGGAUUGGAGACCAGCCAGGGAAAUUGGGUACCCCUCUCUUGGGAGGCACAGGAACCAUCACCCGUCCCUACGUGGGAUUGGUUGGAGCACACCAUGGGAGGGAGAGGGGAGCCCAAAGCAGGGAGGUUUGGGGAGGGGCUGAUGGAGAUGUUCAGGGCUGAGCCCACUGGAAAUGCUUUGCCAAAAUCCCUGGCGAGAUGCUGCCAUCCUGCUGCUCCAGAAAAGGCAGUGGGAUAAUCUUUCAUCCCCACUGGAUGCCCCGGGGAAAUUCCUGGGUACUGGGGAGACGCCGCUAGGGUCUCUUUGAGCACCUCAAAGCAUCUCUUUGAACACCUUUGAGUGCCAACAAGGGCUCAGCACCCAAGAAAUCCCAGGAUGUGCAGGGCUGGCACAGGGGAAUGCUCUCUGGUGAAAGCACUGGGUUUUAAAUGCUGAGGAUGUGCUUAAACACAGAUCAGGGCCACAUUUCUGUUAUUCUCUUUGAAACGUUGUUUUCUGCUCCUCAAACACUCCUCAGAGCAUAGCACGGCUUGGGAUGUGGCUGCUGGGAGAGACACCUGCCCACGGGACCUGGGAUGUGCAAAUCCCACCCACCACCCGGCUGGGAGAGCAGAAAACACAGGAAAAAAAUCCCUUUUGCUGUUCAAGUGAGGAAGUGACUCCUGGGGAGUGAGCAGCAGGGAUGUGCCAGCGGUGCCUCACUCCCUACCACCUCCCACUCCUUCAGGAUGCUAAAAAUAUCCCGAGCUGAGGACGGACGUUGUGUCUGUGCCCGUGGAUAUUUGCUGCUUUUUUCCCUGUUUGUGCUAAUUCUGUGUCACUUCCAAUCCUGUGUAAAUGAGAGUGAAGGUGAUUCCCAGAGCAGGAGGAGGAGCUGCUCAGCCCUUGCUCCCAGAGCCGAGAAGACCGAGGUUUUGAGCGAAGAUCUGCUGCAGGUGGAGAAGCGGCUGGAGCUGGUGAAGCAGGUGUCCCACAGCACCCACAAGAAGCUGACAGCCUGUCUGCAGGGCCAGCAGGGCCUGGACGCCGACAAGCGCUCGAAGAAGCUGCCGCUGACGACGCUGGCGCAGUGUCUGAUGGAGGGAUCGGCCGUGCUGGGGGACGACUCCCUGCUGGGGAAGAUGCUGCGGCUCUGCGGGGAGGCCGAGGACAAACUGGCGCAGGAGCUCAUCCACUUCGAGCUGCAGGUGGAGAGAGACGUCAUCGAGCCGCUCUUCGUGCUGGCUGAGGUGGAAAUCCCAAAUAUCCAAAAGCAGAGGAAGCACUUGGCGAAGCUCGUGCUGGACAUGGACUCCUCCAGGACGAGGUGGCAGCAGUCGGUGAAGUCCUCGGGCCUGGCCAGCAACCUGCAGCCGUCGGGAGCCAAAGCCGACGCUCUCAGGGAGGAGAUGGAGGAGGCAGCCAACAGAGUGGAGAUCUGCAGGGACCAGCUCUCGGCUGACAUGUACAAUUUUGUGGCCAAAGAAGUCGACUAUGCAAAUUAUUUUCAAACUCUGAUCGAGGUGCAGGCCGAGUACCACCGCAAAUCCCUGGCGCUCCUGCAGAACUUCCUGCCCCAGAUCAAAGCCCAGCAGGAGGCGUGGAUGGAGAAGCCCUCCUUCGGGAAGCCCCUGGAGGAGCACCUGGCCGUCAGCGGGCGGGAGAUCGCCUUCCCUGUGGAGGCCUGCGUGACCAUGCUGCUGGAAUGUGGGAUGCAGGAGGAGGGUCUCUUCCGCGUGGCUCCCUCGGCCUCCAAGCUGAAGAAGCUCAAGGCUGCCCUGGACUGCUGCGUGGUGGACGUGCAGGAGUACUCAGCUGAUCCCCACGCCAUCGCAGGAGCCCUCAAGUCCUACCUGCGAGAGCUGCCCGAGCCCCUCAUGACGUUCGAGCUGUACGAGGAGUGGAUCCAGGCCUCCAACAUCCCAGAGCAGGAGAAACGGCUGCAGGCUCUCUGGAAUGCCUGCGAGAAGCUGCCCAAAGCCAACUACAACAACAUCAGGUACGUGAUUAAAUUCCUGGCCAAGCUGACCGAGUACCAGGAUAUGAACAAAAUGACCCCGAGCAACGUGGCCAUCGUGCUGGGGCCCAACCUGCUGUGGCCGCAGGCCGAGGGGAACAUGACGGAGAUGAUGACGACGCUGUCGCUGCAGAUCGUGGGCAUCAUCGAGCCGCUCAUCCAGCACGCGGACUGGUUCUUCCCGGGAGACAUCGAAUUCAACGUGACGGGGAACUACGGCAGCCCCCUGCACGUGAACCACAACGCCAACUACAGCUCCAUGCCCUCGCCGGACAUGGACCACGGCGAGCGCCGGCAGCACGACCAGGCCCGGCGGCCCCUCAGCGUGGCCACCGACAACAUGAUGCUGGAGUUCUACAAGAAGGAUGGCCUUAGGAAAAUCCAAAGCAUGGGCGUCAGGGUGAUGGACACCUCGUGGGUGGCUCGCCGAGGCACCUCAGCGGGGCGCAAGGCGACCUCGGCCCCCCCGGCCGCGCAGCCCCCGGCCCCGCCCGCCGAGCUCCCCCCCACGCCCCACUCGCCCAUUCCCGAGCAGUCGCCGGAGAUUUCAGCAACGCCCUCCCCGCCUCCCACCAGCUUCGGCUUCCCCCCGGCAGCCGAGCGGACAAGGUCUGCUCCGUUUUGAGGUCCCCUCCCUCCACGUGUCCCCGGACGCCGCCCUGUGCCGGGACCCGCCGGAGGCAGCGCAGAGACUCUCGGGGCCGAGCCUGAGCCCGCGGCA